GAUGAUGGUUGCAAUGCUAUUAUUCAUCACUUGUAAACAAUCUUUCUCCCGGGAUUGAAGGUUGUUUUGGUUUCUCUCUCUAUCUGUGUCGCUUCGAUCGCCGUCCCUCUCAUCGUUCCCGAUUCUAGGGUUUCCGCUCCGAUAAUAAUUCCUCCAAUUCGUUUUGGGACAGAGGCUCUAGGGUUUCUGCGCUGUCAGAUCCGUUGUCUGAUUCCCAGUUUCUUCAUUCUGAACCCUUCCUUCAGAAAUUCAACAUGUUUUGGCGCAUGGCUGGUUUGUCUACAGCGUCUCCUGUGGAGACCAUUUUGGAUAGGGAGGAUUUUACUUUGGAGGAACUACUUGAUGAGGAUGAAAUUAUUCAGGAAUGCAAAGCUCUUAAUGGUCGCCUUAUAAAUUUUUUGUCUGCAAGAGCACAAGUUGAACAAUUGAUACAAUACAUCGUUGAAGAAGCUCCUGAGGAUGCUGAAAAGAAGCGAUCUUUUAAGUUCCCUUUUAUUGCUUGUGAGAUAUUUACCUGUGAAGUUGAUAUCAUACUCAAAACUCUUGUAGAAGAUGAGGAAUUGAUGAGUUUAUUGUUCUCCUUUUUGGAGCCAGACCACUCCCAUAGUAAUCUACUAGCUGGAUAUUUUAGCAAGGUAGUUGUAUGCCUGUUGUUACGUAAGACUGUUCCCUUCAUGCAAUAUGUUCAAGCUCACCAGGAAAUUGUGAAGAAACUUGUUGAGUUGGUUGGAAUUACAUCUAUCAUGGAGGUUUUGAUACGCUUGAUCGGUGCUGAUGAGCAUAUGUAUGUAAAUCAUGUUGAUGCAAUGCAAUGGAUUGAAGAUACAAAUGUGCUGGAGAUGAUUGUGGAUAAAUUCAGUUCUUCAGAUUCUCCAGAAGUGCAUGCUAAUGCAGCAGAAACACUAUGUGCUAUUACACGAUUUGCUCCAGCAGGACUUUCUGUUAAAAUCUCCAGCCCGAGCUUUAUCGGAAGAUUAUUCCGUCAUGCUUUGGAAGACUCUAGGCCAAAAUCUGUUCUUGUUAACUCUCUAUCUGUUUGCAUAUCUUUGUUAGACCCAAAGAGACUUACUCUUGGAGCUUAUCAUACAUACAACCGACAAAUGACUAAUGGAUCCACUGUAACUGCGAAUCCUGAGACUGUUGAAGGCAUGCUAGAAAGCCUAGGUGAUCUACUCAAACUUUUAGAUAUAUCUUCUGCUGAAAAUCUCUUGCUAACUACUUUUGGCAAGUUACAACCACCUCUUGGUAAACACCGUUUAAAGAUUGUAGAGUUUAUAUCAGUUUUAGUAACCGUUGGUGGUGAAGCUGCUGAGAAAAAAUUGAUUGAUCUUGGAGCAGUACAAAGAAUUAUACACUUGUUCUUUGAAUACCCAUACAAUAACUUUCUGCAUCAUCAUGUGGAAAACAUUAUAAUGUCAUGCAUGGAGAGUAAGAAUUCUUCUCUUCUGGAACAUCUUCUCCGCGAUUGUGAUUUUGUUGGGAAAAUUAUUCAAGCAGAAAAGCAUUUCACGUUGGAUGCUGAUGAAAACAAGCCAACGGCACCUGCUGAGGGUAAAUCACCGCCCAGGAUAGGAUGCAUUGGCCACCUAACCCGUAUAUCUAACAAACUUGUCCAGUUAGGGAAUAACAACAGUGUGAUUCAGGAACAUCUGCAGGGAAAUAGUGAAUGGACAAAUUGGUAUAUGAAUGUUUUAUCAAACCGCAAUGCUGUGGAAAAUGUCUAUCAAUGGGCGUGCGGGAGACCAACAGCUUUGCAUGACAGAACUAGGGAUAGUGACGAGGAUGAUUAUCAGGAUCGGGACUAUGAUGUUGCAGCAUUAGCAAAUAACUUGAGUCAGGCCUUCCGUUAUGGCAUUUACAAUAAUGAAGACAUUGAAGAGGUUCAUGGCUCUCUGGAACGAGAUGAUGAGGAUGUCUAUUUUGAUGAUGAAUCUGCAGAAGUUGUUAUAUCUUCUUUGCGGCUGGGAGAUGACCAUGAAAGUGGGUCUCUCUUCACAAAUUCCAACUGGUUUGCUUUUGAGGAGGAUAGAGAUCGAGCAGCCAAUGAACGCUCAACCGGUUCCCUUGCUUCUCCAUCACCUAAUGCUGAUGAGGAUGCUAUCAAUGCCAGUGGAGAUGGUAGCGUUGUUACUGUUGAAGAUGAGGAGUUAGCUGACACUGCAACAUCUUCUCCAGAAGCAGGACCAAAAUUAGAACAAGAUGGAACUGACAAACCAGUUGAAUGGGUUGAAUGGAGGGAGUCGUCAGAUGCCAAUGACCCUUCUGAUGUUCUUCCCAAUGGAGAACUCGAGACAGAACCCGGGAACAAUCAUCCUAGUGCAUCUGAAUCAUCAUCUCAGUUGUCCAGCGUUGCAUUAACAAAGGAUGAAGAGAUGGCUGCUGAACCAUCAGCAUCUCUCAAUGAGAACACUAGCUUUGAAACCUCCGAGCCAACAACACAAACAGGACAUGAAAAUUCUAGUUCAUGUGCAUCCACUUCCGUGGAUGGGGCAUUGACUGAGGUUGGAGGAGACAAUGACAAGCUCACAACCGACGACAAAAAGGAAGUUGAAAAUAAGAGUAGCUAAUGUAAAUUUCUGUGAACUGGCUUGGGUGGCUAACCAUGCAACAUUAACCAGGUGGGAAGAUACAUCCUGGAGUCUGGCUGGGCAAAAGAGCAUUUAGGACCUCUGCACGCUGUUUUAUUUUUAAUAGGAGUAUUGAUUUUUUAUUCCCACCGACUUCUGAAGCUAGAAAUUCAGUGUUUGAUGAGGCUAGCUCAUGCUGUUAGGUGCUACUGAAUUCUUCACCUGUUCAUAUCAAUUACUUAGCUUGCCCAAUUAGGCGCUACUAAAUUUUCUCCUUUAUUUCAUGUUUAACUGUUCAUAUAAAUACGUCUCUCCGUUCCUAGUGUUUUGGUAUGAAAAUGGGUUCCUUGCCUGAUUUGUUCAAUUGCUCAGUAACCUCGUAUGAUUUUUUAUAGGAAGUUCUUUACUCAAGUGGUUAAAUCAAGAUCAGGUCGCGCGGAUCUUUAGCGUUGCGAAGCUUGGGGUGAUAACUGACAUGGACUUGCACAUCAGAAAGCAUGCUGAAAAUGAUUUAGAGCCAAAAAAUGGAGGGGAGGGAGAUAUUUUGUAAUUACAAGUUCUUAAACAAUAAGAUUCGUUACAAUUGUAACAUACUUUGAACCUUUGGGGUUCUGAAACUUGUACUGAGUUGUUCCAGUAUAUUGUAUAAGUUUCUUCCGUAUCACUUCCGAGAAAUAUAAACGACAUACAUUGAAUUGGCUUUCAUUGGUCAUGAGGGGGGAUUAGGGGUCAGGUAUUUCACGAUUGGGUUGUAAUAUUGCUGUGUCCAUUAAAAACCGUAGUAAUCCCCUCCUGCGUCGUCUUCACUGUAAGAAUGAAGCGAAAGUUUGAAAUAAAUAUGUACUAUAGAUUGAGAG